ACACGGGGGGGCCGGACGUUCAAAACUGACGCGACUGCAGACCGUCGGGGUUUCAACCCCUCCCUAUAUCGGACGCGCUCUCCCGCUACACACUCGCACUUUGUUGCAGGAAAGUCCCGGCCUAGCCAUGAAACGUCACAGGUAUCCCCGAACGAGACGCGCGAGCUGCGACGGUUUGCUCGACGUAUCGACGACCUGGCGCUUGUAAGGACGACGAAGCCGUCAGCAGCGUACGGCAGCCGAACACAAAGAGCGAUUGCCAGUGGAGCGGUGAUGAUGCAUUGUCUGACGCUGCAAGCCCUGCUAUUGGCCUACCUCGGGGGACUUGCAGCAUGCGGAAAAGAUGCGUCCACCGUCACUUACUUUAUGUUCAGUCAACAGUGGAGCACGGGUUACUGCAGCGCUGCACAUGACAAGUGCAUCAAGGAAAAUGAAAGGAAUUUCUGGACAGUACACGGACUAUGGCCUUCUUCAAACUCCUCAACUCCAGAGUUCUGCAAUCGAACGCUUCGCUACAAUGCAACUGCUCUUGGCCCACUGGUACCACAACUUGACCUGUAUUGGCCAUCUCUGACUAGCAGCAACAAUAAUAUAUUUUGGAAACAUGAAUGGCAAAAGCAUGGCACCUGUGCCACCAUAGUGCCCGAGCUGGAUGGACUCUACAAUUUUUUCAAUGAAACUCUAACCCUGUAUCUGAAGUACAAUAUCACUGAAUAUCUACUGAACAGUGGUGUAGUGCCAACCUCCGAGAAAACAUACCAGCUACAAACAAUUAAAAAUGCCCUGCACGAUGAUAUCAAAGGAGCAGCUAACUUCGUGUGCUACUCAAGCAGGAACUACUCCGCACCCGUCCUGGCCGAGAUUCGAUUCUGCCUCGACUGGCAGCUGCAGCCCAUCGACUGCAAGGCGAAGCACUCCGGCUGUGGUCAAGGCAAUGUCUACUACUUGGCCUUUGACAAAGACGGCGCCAGCUCGCAGACGUCGCCACUUUCGUGGCUCCUUCACUGUAGCUGGCUCUUUGCAGUCAGUGUCAUACCGAUGCCCCUGUACCAGUUACGCUGAGGGCUGCACAAGGCACCGACAAGCAAGGGCUGCACAAGAUAUUCUUACUGGGAGAAUACUGACAGCGAGAGAGUUCCUUCAGGGGGUCACUGAGACGGGGAAGUUAUGC